UCCAGAGGUGUGUGGUGGGGCUGGGGGCUGGACAUGGCCCCCUGUCCCCAGCCUGACUCCUGCCUGGCUGGUGGCCCCCUUGGCCUGAUAUGUCUGUCCCUUUUGCUCAUCCCUGCUGCAGCUGGGACGUACUGCGAGUGCAGCCUCGGCCUCAGCCGCGAGGCCCUCAUUGCCCUGCUCGUGGUGCUGGCGGGCGUCGGUGCCAGCUGCUUCUGCGCCCUCGUCAUCGUGGCAAUCGGUGCCCUGAGAGCCAAGGGACACGUACAUACCUGCCGCAGACACGUGGACCGCAGGAUGGUGGGGCACCUCGGGGUCCAGGAAGACCACAUGGAUCUGCACACAGUGCACAUGGAGUCCCACCUCACGGACCCUGACGUGGAGGUCUCCGUGAUUCCUCCCCUGGAGGAUCAUGGCCUCAUAACCAUCCCCAUGGACCCGAUGGCCCCAACUGUGACUCUAGAGGAGCCGUCCCCUCUCACCCCCCCCAACCUGAACAGGACUUCGGGCAGCCUAGGGGAAGAGAAUUAAACAGUAUUUAGUGCGC